UGUUCCACAACUUUUGUUUUGCUGUUAUUCAGCCUUUUAACCAAAUCCACAGUCAGCAAUCUCACAAUAUCUGGGAUUGAUGAUGCAAAGAGGCCAAUAGAAGUGUGGGCCCUGCACCGUGGAUUGUUAUUUGGUGAGUGGAUGUUAUUGGGGGGAAAGGUGUUCCGCCAAUGAGCGCGCGGCUCCGUGCCCACAUGACUACCCCCCUCCUCUCCCAUUCAUCAGGGCUGGACUGUGUUGUCUUUUCAAUUCAUUUAUCUGCAGGAAUGAUUGCGACUAUCAGUCUAGAGCUCACCGCCUGACUGAGGAGGUGAAAGUUGCGCCACAGGAAGAUAAACCGCAAAAGACAAUAUUGCAUGUAUACAUGAUUUUGCGUGCGCAUCGGAUGAGCGGUAUAGGGGAAUUCCUCGCGUCUUAAAAAGUAAACAGAAAAAUCGGUGGAUUUGAGAGUUUGCUCAGUCGAGUGAGGUCCAAGAGAUAGAGAGAGGGGGAGGAAGAAUAUCUGUGCGUGAUUUUUUGAUUUCUGCUCUCAGUCGUCUCGGCGAGUCUAGACUGAAGAUGCUCUUGGACGCAGGACCGCAGUAUCCCACCAUAGGAGUCACUACUUUCGGCUCCUCGCGGCAUCACUCAACAGGCGAAGUCACAGAGAGAGAAGUGGCGUUGGGGAUAAAUCCGUUCGCGGAUGGGAUGGGCGCCUUCAAAAUAAACCACAGCUCCCACGACAUUGGCUCCGGACAGACGGCGUUUUCCUCCCAGGCGCCCGGCUACGCAGCAGCCGCCCUGGGACACCAUCACCACCCGACCCACGUUGGCUCUUACUCCACGGCGGCUUUCAACUCCACCAGGGACUUUCUCUUCAGAAAUCGGGGUUUCGGGGACGCCACCGGGGCGCAGCACAGUUUGUUCGCCUCCGGAAGUUUCGCAGGGCCACAUGGACACUCAGAUGCAGCGGGGCACCUGCUCUUCCCAGGGCUGCACGAGCAAGCGGCGAGCCAUGCGUCUUCCAACGUGGUCAACAGCCAGAUGCGGCUGGGCUUCUCGGGGGACAUGUACGGACGGGCCGACCAGUACGGCCACGUUACGAGCCCGCGCUCCGACCACUAUGCUUCGACCCAGCUGCACGGCUAUGGCCCCAUGAACAUGAAUAUGGCCGCACACCACGGAGCAGGGGCCUUCUUUCGAUACAUGCGGCAGCCGAUUAAACAAGAGCUCAUCUGCAAGUGGAUCGAGCCGGAGCAGCUGACGAACCCCAAAAAGUCGUGCAACAAAACUUUUAGCACGAUGCACGAGCUCGUGACCCAUCUGACGGUGGAGCAUGUGGGGGGACCAGAGCAGACCAACCACAUCUGCUUCUGGGAGGACUGCGCCAGAGAAGGAAAGCCAUUCAAAGCCAAAUACAAACUUGUGAAUCAUAUCAGAGUUCACACCGGAGAAAAGCCCUUUCCGUGUCCGUUCCCCGGCUGUGGCAAAGUAUUUGCUCGAUCGGAAAAUCUAAAAAUUCACAAAAGGACUCACACCGGUGAGAAGCCUUUUAAGUGUGAGUUUGAAGGCUGCGACAGGCGAUUUGCAAACAGCAGUGACCGCAAGAAACACAUGCACGUCCACACGUCGGACAAGCCCUAUCUGUGCAAAAUGUGCGACAAGUCAUACACACACCCCAGCUCCCUCCGAAAACACAUGAAGAAGGUCCAUGAAUCCACCAAUCCAGGACCGCAGCCAUCUCCAGCGGCCAGUUCAGGGUACGAGUCCUCCACACCUCCCACCAUAGUAUCACCGUCCACAGAGAACCAGAGCAGCAGCUCCAUAUCACCAGCAGCCUCAGCAGUACACCACACAACCAGCCACAGCACGCUGUCGUCAAAUUUCAAUGAAUGGUACGUGUAAAUAUUUUUGAGAAAAAAACGAAAGAGAAAAAAAGAGACUGCAGAUAAAAUAAACUGCUUGGAAUCAUAGACUUUAUAAAGUCAGCCAGUGGACUGAAAAACACGGGAGGCCCAAACGAUCAAUUAAAGGCUGUCUUAAUGAAAGCGAAUGCAUGGACAAAAAGGAGGCGAGGACAGCCACCGAGUUAAACUUUUUUCCCCUCAAUAUUUCUUUAUUUUUACUGAGAGACUGCUCAGAAGAGAUCUCAAAAAGCAUGCUAUCUCCGGGUAGAGGCCUGAAUUUUUUGUACAUAAGGAUUUCACCAAGUUGGGAAAAAAUGUAAUAUUUUAUUUUGUAAAUAGUUCUAUCACAGUUUAAGGGAAAUUUGUGAAAAAUGUGGUCCCUAGAUAUAUGGAAAAAUGAGAUGGUUUUAAGAAUAUUGCGAUGAAUAGACUUCAUUGAAAAGAAUGUUAUAGUUGUGAACCAAAUGUGAAUUAUUCAGUAUUACUACAGUCUACACGUCGACCUAACCGACUCUUAGUAUUAAUGUGCUUUUGUAGCCUAUUCAGUGCAACAUUUUCGUCCAAGGUCCAGUUUGAGUAGCACAGUAUCAUUGUUGUUAUUUAAUGUCAUGUCGAUAAAUCGUGUAGUGAAAGCCUGAAAAUCCGUGUCAAUCUGUUUAUGUACGUGAUAAAUAUAAAAUCUCUGUCAAUUGCUUUGUCUGAAAGGAAGUAUUAUUACAUGUAAGUAGCUCAAUUUUCCAUAUUUAUCCGCAUGUAAAGGACCGGUAACAUGUUAGAACUGAUCGGUAUUUAUGGAGAAA